GGUUUUUGCGGGGCGCAGAGCAGGAACCGAAGCCUGGAAGGCCACUGAGUGCACCUUGGUGGCUCCCAGGGCUGCAGGUCUCAGGUUUCAGAGUUAUUGAUAUUGUAAACUUGAGAAACUAGUUCUACAGGUGUCUAUGUGACCGACCAACCACUCUAAACUAUUUUCCUUAAUAUAGAAACUAAAAAGCAGAAUUAGAAUUGCCAUUGCCCUGCGGGGAGAUUUAUAAUCUAGAGAGGGGAGAAAUGAGAAAAAUGUCUCCCUCUGGACAAGAUCUGUAGAAUACACGUGCUACCCCGGAAGGACAAAGAGCUCUAAGUUUUAGUUUUCCAAGAGGGCACGUCUGUCGCAGCCCACUUCCCUUUCUUUUCUUUUUUUUUAAAUUAAUUUUUAAUUUCUGUGGGUACAUAGUAGAUGUAUAUGUUUAUGGGUUACAUGAGAUAUUUUAAGACAGGCAUGUAAUGUUUAAUAAUCACAUCAGGGUAAAUGGGGGUAUCCAUCACCUCAAGCAUUUAUCCUUUGUGUUGCCAACACUCCAGUUAUGCUCUUUAGUUUUUUAUCUUAUUUUAUUUUAUUUUUGUAGUUACAUAGUGGAUGUAUAUAUUUAUGGGGUAUAGGAGAUGUUUUGAUACAGACCUGCAAUGUGAAAUAAGCACACCAUGGAGAAUGGGGUAUCCAUCACCUCAAGCAUUUAUCCUUUGAGUUGCAAAUAAUCCAGUUACACUCUUUAAGUUAUUUAAAAACGUACAAUUAAGUUAUCAUUGACUGUAAUAACUGUUGUGCUAUCAAAUAGUAGGUCUUAUUCAUUCUUUCUAAUUCUUUUGUACCCAUUAACUCUCCUCACCUCACCCCUUCCCUCCUACCACCCUUCCUCAGGUAGUCAUCCUUCUGCUCUUAGAAUACAAUUGUUUUGAUUUUUAGAUGCCACAAAUAAGUGAGAACAUGUGAUGUUUGUCUUUCUGUGCCUGGCUUAUUUCAUUUAACAUAAUGAUUUCAAGUUCCGUUCGUAUUGUUGCAAGUGAUUGGAUCUCAUUCUUUUCUAUGGCUGAAUAGUACUCCACUGUGUAUAUGCACAUCAUUUUCUUUAUCCAUUCAUCUGUUGAUGGACGCUCCAAAUCUUAGCUAUUGUAAACAGUGCUGCAAGAAACGUAGGAGUGCAGAUGUCUCUUGGAUAUACUGAUUUCCUUUCUUUUGGGUGAAUACUUAGGAGUAGAAUUGCUGAAUUGUGUGGUAGCUUUAUUUUUAGUUUUCUGAGGAACUUCCAAACUGUUCUCCAUAAUAGUUGUACUAAUUUACAUUCUCACCAACACUGUUUGAGGGUUCCCUUUUCUUCACAUCCUUGCCAGCAUUUGUUAUUGCCUGUCUUUUGGAUAAAAGCCAUUUUAACUUGGAUGAGAUGGUAUCUCGUUGUAGUUUGGAUUUGCAUUUUUCUGAUGAUCAGUGAUGUUGAGCACCUUUUCACAUGACUGUUUGCCAUUUGUCUUCUUUUGAGAAAUGUCUAUUCAAAUCUUUUGUCCAUUUUUCAAUAAGAUUAGUAGAUUUUUUUUCCUAUAGAGUUGGAGCUCCUGAUAUAUUCUGGUUAUUACUCCCUUGUUGGAUGGGUAGUUUGCAAAUAUUUCCUCCCGUUUUGUGGGUUGUCUUUUCACUUUGUUGAUUGUGUUCUUUGCUGUGCAGAAGCUUUUUAACUUGAUGUGAUCCCAUUUGUCCAUUUUUGCUUUGGUUGCCUGUGCUUGUGGGGUAUUGCUCAAUGAAUUUUUGCCCAGAUCAAUGUCCUGGAGAUCUUCUCCAAUGUUUACUUGUAGUAUUUUCACAGUGUGAGGUCUUAGAUUUAAGUCUUUAAUCCAUUUUGAUUUGAUUUUUGUAUGUGACAAGAGUUAGGAGUCUAGUUUCAUUGUUCUGCAGAUAGAUAUCCAGUUUUCCCAGUGCCAUUUAUUGAAGAGAAUGUCUUUUCCCUAGUGUAUGUUCUUGAGAUCUUUGUGAAAAAUGAGUUCACUAUAGGUGUGUGUAUUUGUGUCUGGGUUCUCUAUUCUGUUCCAUUGGUCUAUGUGUCUGUUUUUAUGUCAGUAUCAUGCUAUUUUGGUUCCUAUAGCUCUGUAGUAUAAUUUGAGGUCAGGUAAUGUGAUUCCUCCAGUUUUGUUCUUUUUGCCUAGGAUAACUUUGGCUAUUAUAGGUCUUUUGUGGUUCUAUAUAAAUUUUAGGAUUGUUUUCUCUAUUUCUGUGAAGAAUGUCAUUGAUAUUUUAAUAGAGAUGGCAGUGAAUCUGUAGAUUGCUUUGGGAAGUAUGGAUAUUUUAACAAUAUUGAUUCUUCCAAUCCAUGAACAUGGGCUACCUUUCCAUAUUUUGGCUUUUCAAUUUCUUUCAUCACGAUUUUAUAGUUUUUAUUGUAGAGAUCUUUCAUUUAUUUGGUUAAUUCCUAGGUAUUUAAUUUUAUUUGUGGCUAUCGUAAGUAGGAUUACUUUAUAUCUUUUUCAGAUUGUUCACUAUUGGUAUAUAGAGAUGCUAUUGAUUUUUGUAUGUUGAUUUUGUAUCCUGCAACUUUACUGAAUUUGUUUAUCAGUUCUAAUAGUUAUCUGGUGUAGUCUUUAGGUUUUUUCCAAAUAUAAGAUCAUAUCAUCUGCAAACAAGGAUAAUUUGGCUUCUUCCUUUCCAAUUUAGAUGACCUUUAUUUCUUUCUCUUGUCUAAUUGCUCUAGCUAGGAUUUCUAUGUUGAAUAACAAUGGUGAAAGUGAAGAUCCUUAUAGUGUUCCAGAUCUUAGAGGAAAGGCUUUCAGUGUUUCCCCACUCAGUAUGCUACUAGCUGUAAGUCUGUCAUACAUGGAUUUUAUUAUGUUGUGGUAUGUUCCUUCUAUACCCAGUUUUUUGAGGAGUUUUCCAUGAAGGGAUAAUGAGUUUUAUUAAGUGCUUUCUCAGCAUCAGUUGAAAUGAUCCUGUGGCAUUUGUCCUUCAUUCUGUUGAUAUGAUGUAUCACACUGACUGAUUUGCAUAUGUUGAACCAUCCUUGCAUCCCUGAAAUAAAUAGCACUUAGUCAUGAUAAAUGAUCUUUUUAAUGUAUUGUUGAAUUAAGUUUGCUAGUAUCUUGCUGAGAUACUGGUCUGUAGUUUUUUUUUCUUUGAUGUGUCUUUGCUUUUGGUAUCAGUAAUACUGGCCUCAUAGAAUGAGUUUGGAAGUAUUCCCUCCUUCUCUAUUUUUUGAAUAGUUUGAGUAAGAUUGGUAUUAGUUCUUUAACUGUUUAGUAGAAUUCAGUGGUGAAGCCAUCGGGUCCCAGGCUUUUCUUUGCUGGAGACUUUUUAUUAUGGCUUUGUUCUCAUUACUUCUUAUUGGUUUGUUCAGGUUUUGGAUUUUUCAUGGUUCAAUCUUGGUAGGUUGUAUGUGUCGAAGAAUUUAUUUCCUCUAGAUUUUCCAAUUUAUUGGCAUACAGUUGCUCAUAGUAGCCACUAACGAUCCUUUGAAUUUCUGCAGUAUCAGUUGUAUUGUCUCCUUUUUCAUCUCUGAUUUCGUUUAUUUGGAUAUUCUCCUUUUUUUCUCAGGUAGCCUGGUAAAGGUUUGUCAAUUUUGUUUAUCUUUUCAAACAAUCAACAGGUGAUGAAGCCAGCCAAGCUGUGUUCUUUUCUUCAGAGUGGCAAGUUCCCCCAGGCCCUAGGUGGGUUCACAGAUGCUAUCCAGGAGCCAGGGACUGGAGUAAGAAAACCUUAGAAGUCUACCUGGUGUUCCAUUCUACUGGGGCUGAGCUGGCUCUCAAAUCACGAGACACAGUCCUUCCCACUCUUCCCUCCUUUUUCCACAGGUAGAGGAGAUCACCCUGUGGCCAUCAUGACCAUGGGUUCACAGGGAGUACUGUUAGCUAUCGCUGAUAUUCACUGAAAGCCCAAGGGCUCUUUAGUCAACUUGUGGUGAAUGCUACCAGGUCUGGGACUCACUCUUCAGGACAGUGGACUCCCCUCUGGCCCAGGACGGGUCCAGAAAUGCUGUCCAAGGGCCUACUUGGUGCUCUACCCCUGUGGCUAAGCUGGUAUCUGCAGUGCAAGACAAAGUCCCCUUUACUUUUCCCUCUGCUUUUCUCAAGCAGAAAGAGUCUCUGCCUGUACGCACCACAGCUGGGAUUGUGCUGAGUCUCACCUGAAGCCAGCGGAGUCUCACCCAAGACCCACGACAUAUUACCUGGGUAUCGUUGCUGAUUAUUCAGGGACCAAGGGCUCUUUAGUCAGCAGGUGAUAGAUCCUGCCAGGAUUGGGUCCUUCCCUUUAAGGCAGCAGUUUCUCUUCUGGCCCACAGUGUGUCUAGAAAUGUUGUCCAGGAGAUAGGGUCUGGAAUGGGUGUCUCAUGAGCCUGACCAGUGUGCUAUCCUACUGUGUCUGAGCUGACAUCCAAGAUGCAAGACAGAAGUCCUCUUUAGUCUUCUCUCUUCUCUCCUCAAGUGGAAGGAAGGGAUCCUUCUGGAGCUGAGAGUCACACUGUCUGGAGUUGGGGGAGGGGUGGUGCAAGCACUCUCUUAGUCGCCCCAGCUGGUAUCUCAGUAGGUCGUGUGCCCUCCAAGCCUCCUGGCUCUGAUCUCAGCUCAGCACUAGGACUUGCCUAGGAGUUUCAGUCCUUGUGGCCUAGAAUGCCUUUCAAGUUUAUUUAGAGCCCCAUAGCACUUCAGCUACAGUGGCAAGGCUUGCUGGAACUCAGGUUUCACCUGCUGAGAUGGACAACUUCCGUCUCACUAGGGCUGGUCCAAAUUCUGCCUCCAUCAGCAGGUAUAAGCUAGAUUCAGCGUGGUUUUGCUUACCGCUGUAACAGGGCAGUACUGAGUUCAAUGCAAAGUCUCACAAUUGCUGUGCCCUCCCUUCCCCAAGCACACAGAUUUCUCUGCACCGCGUGGUCACUGCUGGAGAAGGAGGAUGAUUCUUACUUUGACCCCCAGGCUGGAGUGCAGUGGCACGAUCUUGGUUCACCACAAUCUCGUCUCCAAGGCUCAGUUGAUUCUCCCACCUCAGCCUCCUGAGUAGCUGGGACCACAGCUUCAGCUGUGAGUUCAGCAUGGCGGCAAAUCAGUACCCCCUGGUGGUGGAACCAUCUUACCCAGACCUGGUCAUCAAUGUAGGAGAAGUGACUCUUGGAGAAGAAAACAGAAGAAGGCUGCAGAAAAUUCAGAGAGACCGAGAGAAGGAGAGAGUUACACGGGCUGCAUGUGCUUUAUUAAACUCAGGAGGAGGAGUGAUUCAGAUGGCCAAGAAGGUUGAGCAUCCUGUGGAGAUGGGACUGGAUUUAGAACAGUCUUUGAGAGACCUUAUUCAGUCUUCAGAUCUGCAGGCUUUCUUUGAGACCAAGCAACAAGGAAGGUGUUUUUACAUUUUUGUUAAAUCUUGGAGCAGUGGCCCUUUCCCUGAAGAUGGCUCUGUCGAGCCCCGCCUUUGCAGCAUCAGUUCUUCAUUACACCGUAGAUCUGAGACCUCUGUGCGUUCCAUGGACUCAAGAGAGGCAUUCAUUUUCCUGAAGACCAAGAAAAGGAAUGCAAAAAUCUUGGAAGAAGGACCUUUUCACAAAAUUCACAAGGGUAUACACCAAGAGCUCCCUAACUCGGAUCCUGCUGACCCAAUUUUCCAAAAAGACUAUCUUGAGUAUGGUGAAAUCCUGCCCUUUCCUGAGUCUCAAUUAGUAGAGUUUAAACAGUUCUCUACAAAACACAUCCAAGAAUAUGUAAAAAAUACAAUUUCAGAAUACGUCCCUGCAUUUGCAAACACUAAAGGAGGCUAUCUUUUUAUUGGAGUGGAUGAUAAGAGUAGGAAAGUCCUGGGAUGUGCAAAAGAAAAUGUUGACCCUGACUCUUUGAGAAGGAAAAUAGAAAAAGCAAUAUACAAACUACCUUGUGUUCAUUUUUGCCAACCCCAAUGCCCGAUAACCUUCGCACUCAAAAUUGUGGAUGUGUUAAAACGGGGAGAGCUCUAUGGCUAUGCUUGUAUGAUCAGAGUAAAGCCAUUCUGCUGUGCAGUGUUCUCAGAAGCUCCCAAUUCAUGGAUAGUGGAGGACAAGUACAUCUGCAGCCUGACAACCGAGAAAUGGGUAGGCAUGAUGACAGACACAGAUCCAGAUCUUCUACAGUUGUCUAAAGAUUUUGAAUGCCAGCUGAGUCUAUCUAGUGGGCCUCCCCUUAGCAGACCAGUGUACUCCAAGAAAGGCCUGGAACAUAAAAAGGAACUCCAGCAACUUUUAUUUUCAGUCCCACCAGAAUAUUUGCAAUAUACUCCAGAGUCACUCUGGAGGGACCUGACCUCAGAGCAUGAAGGACUAGAGGAGUUAAUACAUGAGCAAAUGCAACCUUUCUUUCGGGGAAUUUUGAUCUUCUCUAGAAGCUGGGCUGUGGACCUGAACUUGCAGGAGAAGCCAGGAGUCAUCUGUGAUGCUCUGCUGAUAGCACAGAACAGCACCCCCAUUCUCUACACCAUUCUCAGGGAGCAAGAUGCAGAGGGCCAGGACUACUGCACUCGCACCGCCUUAACUUUGAAGCAGAAGCUGGUGAACGUGGGGGGCUACACCGGGAAGGUGUGUGUCAGGGCCAAGGUCCUCUGCCUGAGUCCCGAGAGCAGCGCAGAGGCCUUGGAGGCUGCAGUGUCUCCGAUGGAUUACCCUGCGUCCUAUAGCCUUGCAGGCACCCAGCACAUGGAAGCCCUGCUGCAGUCCCUCGUGAUUGUCCUACUCGGCUUCAGGUCUCUCUUGAGUGACCAGCUCCACUGUGAGGUUUUAAAUCUGCUCACGGCCCAGCAGUAUGAGAUAUUCUCCAGAAGCCUCCGCAAAAACAGAGAAUUGUUUGUCCAUGGCUUACCUGGCUCAGGGAAGACCAUCAUGGCCAUGAAGAUCAUGGAGAAGAUCAGGAAUGUGUUUCACUGUGAGGAAAAGAGAAUUCUUUACGUUUGUGAAAACCAGCCUCUGAGGAACUUUAUCAGUCAUAAAAAUAUCUGCCAAGCAGAGACCCGGAAAACUUUCCUAAGAGAAAACUUUGAACACAUUCAACACAUCAUCAUUGACGAAGCUCAGAAUUUCCGUACGGAAGAUGGGGACUGGUAUGGGAAGGCAAAAACCAUCACUCGGAGAGCAAAGGAUGGCCCAGGAAUUCUCUGGAUCUUUCUGGACUACUUUCAGACCAGCCACUUGGAUUUCAGUGGCCUCCCCCCUCUCUCAGACCAGUAUCCAAGAGAAGAGCUCACCAGAAUAGUUCGCAAUGCAGAUCCAAUAGCCAAGUACUUACAAAAAGAAAUGCAAGUAAUUAGAAAUAAUCCUUCAUUUAACAUCCCCACUGGGUCCCUUGAAGUACUUCUUGAAGCCGAAUGGUCCCAGGGUGUUCAGGGAACCUUGCAAAUUAAGAAACACAUGACUGUGGAGCAAAUAAUGACCUAUGUGGCAGACACCUGCAGGUUUCUCUUUGAAAGGGGCUAUUCUCCAAAGGAUGUCGCCGUGCUUGUCAGCACUGCAAAAGAAGUGGAGCACUAUAAGUAUGAGCUCUUGAAAGCAAUGAGGAAGAAAAGGGUUGUGCAGCUCAGUGAUGCAUGUGAUAUGCUGGGUGAUCACAUUGUGUUGGACAGUGUCCGGCGAUUCUCAGGCCUGGAAAGGAACAUAGUGUUUGGGAUCCAUCCAAGGACAGCUGACCCAGCUAUCUUACCCAAUAUUCUGAUCUGUCUGGCUUCCAGGGCAAAACAACACCUGUAUAUUUUUCCGUGGGGUGGCCAUUAGGAAGAACUCCAAAUCAAAAUGCUAUGUAAAUGUCUAUGGGUGACAGUCUGCUGAUGGUAGAAACCUUUCUUUUUAGUUCACAAGUCAGUUAGAGAUUUGGACAGAGCUGACACAAAGAGUUUGGAGCUCCCCCAUUUCUGGCUCUCCUUUCAGGGGUUCCUCCCCCAACUCUUUUCAGCAGCGAUUGUUGCCCCCCAUUCUGAUUCCUGACUCUUCCAACCAGAAAGAUGGUGGUUUUCUAAAGGAACUGUAGCUGUCCUGCACAAUGCAGAUCUGUGGCUUGCACUCUGGGUAAAAGCCAUAAAAAUAAGAAACUCAGCCUGUGGCCUUUCUUUCUUCCGAGGCUGGGCUUCUUUUUUUAAGUGACUUCAUGUAGUUUGUUGCUUUUAAAAAUUUGUCCAGAAUCGUUUCCUGCAGAAGCAUGGUCUGUUAGGAGCUUACUGGCCAUAGCAGAAGCAAUUGUUUCCUGAAUUCUUGACAUUUAUCUUUGCUGUAUUCAUUUAGGGCUUGGGAGAGUCCCAAGAUAAUCCAGUCACUGUCAGAUUAAUAAUUUUGUCAGAACAAAGAAUACUGUUAUGAUUAUUUAAUCCUUUAAAAUUGUGAUCUCCAGAGCUUGUUCUCAGAAUGGCCCAGACCAAGCCUUAAUUGUGAUAGUGAAUAUUAAUGGUCACUUUAAAGAGAAAUUAUAGGCCACGAUGAAAUGAACAUAAACUGUUUGCCCUGGCUUUCAGUGGAAGAUGAUAUUAGAGACCAAAAUCUGGUUCUGAAGGUGUGUAUCAGCCCUAAGGUGAACCAAACUUGGGAAAGAUUGUCUUUAAAAAUCAAUGAGUGUAUGUUUUAACUUCUCAGCUUAGUUCUAUGCAUUGCUCUAUAACACACCUAGUUAAGUUUUAUGUUAUUCUUGAACUGUGAUUUUUUUUCUAUUUACUUUCAUGGUUUGGUGGGCCAUUGUUAUGGACUGAAUGUUUGUGUCCCACCCUUCACCCCCAAAUUCCCAUGUUGAAGCCCCAACCUGCAGUGUGGAGCUGGGGCUGUUAAGGAAGUAAUUAAGGUUACAUGAAGUCAUGGUGGGGCUCUGAUCUGCUAAGAUUGGUGUCCUUAUAGGGAGAGACACCAGAGAGCUUGUUCCCUCCCUCCUUGUGCAUGCAAACAAGAGGGCAUGGGAGCACACAGAGAGAUGGCAGCCACCUACAAGCCAAGAGAAGCCUCACAGUGAAACUCUAGCUGCUGGCGAGAGUCUUGGACUCUGUCUUGGACUUCCAGCCUCCAGACUGUGAGAAACCAAUUUCUGUUGCUUCAGCUGCUCAGUCUCUGGUGUUUUGUUAUUGCAGCCUGAGAACACAGCUGUAUGAUUAUUUGUCAAACAGAAAACACUGACACUUAACAAUGCUAAUGUAAUUAUUUAUUUGCUUUUCAGUCUCUAUAAAACAUUCUAAAACACUAAUCUAAAUACUAACAAUAAAAUAUUUGCAUAACUAAUGGAAACUAAGAAAUCAUAUGCCCAACAUUUCACUUAUUAGUAAUCUUACUCUACUGAUUUCCCCCCAGACUGUGAGUUUUGGACUUCCCUGCCUUUCUCCUGUCUUUCUGUGUUUAUUCAUAGAAUUCCAGUUAUCUAGGCUUGAAAUUGUAGGCUCUCCUAACUUAAGCAAAAUCUGACAGAUCAGCAAAACGAGAAAAAUGUUUCUUUUUUCUUUCUGACUGCAUUAAAUCAGAUACAACUCAGCAUUAAAAAGCUGUCUCCGUAAAUGUUGUUCCUAAUAAAUUAGUCUUAUAAGAUCCCUGGA